ACACCUUUUAAAUAAUUUUCAUAGUUGUAAUCGUUCGAUCCUGUGAAAUACCCAAAAUGAACAUUGCCACUAAAACCGGUCUUAUCGCAAGCCCCCGGAAGCACAUCGUUCGCCCGAAGAAGGAAUUCGAUCCAGCCAUCCUGGCACCGUGUGCGAUCACCCGUCAAGUGCCCCUAGCGCUGCGCCCUUUCGGUGGACUGUACAACCCGUACUCCAAAGGUUGCUCCGUUCUGUGCAAUCACCCGGCCGCCCAGGAGGUCAAAAAUGUAGUGCGGCUAGCUAAGGACGCCUGGAUUACCGAGGCCCGCAUCGUGCACGGCGAAAAGCUGGGCCGCAAAGGUGAAACCAAGCGCCUUUUGUCGAAGGAUUCCGAUCUGCCGGAGCAUGUGCCGGAAGAGUUCUUUCGUCGGUACACCGACACGGACUCCCGACCGUUGACUCCGACUCCGACUGUAGCUAGCGGACGAACUCGAGCGAGCGUGGGAGGUUCCCAUUUGACGCGACGCUGUGUCACGCCAGAACCACAAACCCAGAACCAGCAGGAACGGAAGCAACUGAUCCUGGAUCUACGGCGGAGCCAUAGCCAGGAGACUCUGUACUGGAAUGCUUCGUCGGAAUUGUCCCCGAGUCAACUGCAGGAUCCUUCCUGGAUGCAGCAUCACAGCCAGAUACCUCAAACGGUUGACGAAGAGCGCGUUCUUGGGGAUGGCGCGGAAUCGGACAAAGAGGGUGGCAAACCCACUCCGAUGACUUGCAUCAAUGCGAUGGAGGAUGGUGAGGAGGAUCCCCCGCGAAGGCGCGGCAAGCGAAGGAAGAAGUCAAAACAAUUAACGCAAACGAUUAGCUUCACGCCCAACCAAGACCCGGAAACCCAAGUGGCCACGAUUGAUCCGGAUUCUCCGAAUUACUCAGCUCGACCUUCACUGGUGCCAACCGGGCGGAGCCUCCUCAGUUCGAUCGAGACACCUCCGAGGGUGAGCGUUGAAGAACCGGUGGAGUACCUGGAAAGCUUCCUCGACGAGGAAGCUCUAUGUCUGUUGCGACGUGGCCUAAACAUCGAUAUUGUGGAAGCGGUUUUUGAACGAUACAAAUCACGCGCAAUGAAAGAAGCGUUCCGUACUGCAACGCUUGAUAAGUUGAACUACCAAACAAGAGCCGUUAGACAGUUAGAGGAAACAUUGGACAUUCGUGACAUCGAUCAUGAAAAGUGGAUCGAGUUGCCGCGUAAAUAUUCGAGAUCUUCCGCGCGCUUUGAGCUCCCCAUGGAUACAAGGACACUCUCCGUAAUGACGCCAAUUGAGUACCUAAAACGUCACGUCGUGCUCGGUGAUGACCGCAAAAAACUCUACCAUCGGAUCUUUGUGCGCAACCUGUCGAAGGACGAUGGGAAAUCUUUACAGGAAUCACUGGACACGGACUCCAUCCCGGAAAUGGAGGCUCCAGCUAUGACGCAGGAAAGCUUUCGGAACUUGAUGGCGGACGUGACGAGGCUGAUUCCGAUGAGUAACUUUGACAAAGCGAUGCACGAGGCUCUUGGUUUUCACGGGACGUCGGACAAGAUCUACGAAAUACGCGAGCUGCUGGAGUUGAACUACGAGUACUACCAGGAAAUUCCGAUCGAUUUUCGCUCUUGGUGUGGAAUUGUGGCAUUUGCCGAGAGGUUUAUUAUUACCCAAGAUCGGGAAACGGAUCCCUGCAAUGAGCUGGAACAAGUGGAUUUUGAGUCUCUGGAACGGCGCAUUCGUUCGUCGAAGCCUUCGGAAAAUUUGUGCAAGGUUUUGCAUAUUAUCAAGGGUAAUUGAGAUUGAAACUGGAUUUUGUACUAAUGAAUACAGGGAGCUUGGUCGCCAAUAA